AUGGAUUUGUUGGAGUCGUUUUUGCAGAAGACAGCACCUGUUGCUGCAUCCGAGGAACUGGGCUUGGCCGGAACCCAAACCUGCGAACGCCGCUUGAACGGAACUCCAUUCAUCCUCACCAAGGACCCUAAGAUCGCAAACUAUGUCUUCAAUGAUGGGAAAGCACGCACCAACUACUGCCUUCGUCCUGGCGAGGAUCGUGGGCUGCAGAAGCUCCACAUGUUUGAGAAUGGUCUCAUUUGGAACAACGAUACCCCUAAGUGGAAGAAGAUUCGUGGCUGCUUCCAGAAAGCAUUGGGUGCAAAUGCGUUGAAGCAUGCCAGUUGCAUCAUUCAGAAGGAGGCGGAGCCGACUUUGACGGCCCAUAUGGAGAAGGCCGAUGGAAAAGAGGGAAUAGAUCUUCUAGCAAUCUGUCGCAGGUUGACUUUUCGUGCAAGUCUUGGUGCCUUCUUUGGCGUUGACUCCACAGAGUUUGCCGGCCUGAAGGUUGACGAGGCGGCUUUCAUAGAUGCGAUUGUUCAAUACUUUAAGGCGUGGGAGUACUUUUUGAUCCGACCAGAACAGCACUGGGACAAGUCUCUUGCCAAGAAGCAUUCCCAAGCCGUAUCCAGCUUAAAGGGUCAUGUUCAAAACUUGUUGAAAGCAAUUGAAAUGAGGGAUGCAUCCCUGACCCCAUCCCAGAAGGGGAGCAAACGGAAGCUGUUUGUUGAGAGCCUCCGGGAAGUCUGUGUGAAGGAACCUGAGUGCGAGGAAUUGUUGUUGCAAAGUUCAUUGGAAAUGUUGCUGGCUGGCACUGACACUUCAUCGGUUACGGCUUACUACACACUGUUGGCGCUAGCGGGCGACAAAGCUCUACAGCAUGACCUCCGAGAGGAACUCCACAACAGCAAUGAGGAAGCACUGCUGCGCAGCAUUGUUGACGAGUCUCUGAGAUUCAAGCCAGUUGGUCCCGUGGUCUUGAGACAAGCAUGUCAGGACGACCCCAACUUCCCAGCAGGACCCGUCAAGAAAGGCACUGGAAUUCUGGUGCACUUGGCGGAAAUGAACUUGGACGAAGAGGUUUGGAAAGAGCCUCGAAAGUUUGACCCGCGGCGAUUCCUGGUACCUGGAGAGCACAAGUCAGUGUUUUUUCCAUUCGGAGAGGGCCCCAAAGGUUGUGUCGGAAUGCACUUGGGGCGGCGUGAAGUUAACAGUAUUGUUGCAACGGUCAUCCUACAAUACGACUUGGAAAUUGUUGGUAGUGAAACACUGUCAUCUCUUGAAACGCAUUGGGACAUCGCGAACCAGCCGGAUGAUCCCACUCGCAUUCGGCUUUCUCCAGUGGCUGACUAG